CACGACGGAGCACAUUCUGAGCAAAAGGCUUCAGGUUAUAUUUUUGGACUGCCAUGGAGACUGGCCCUUCCAUAUGUAGGAAGGGUGUAUAGUUGUGCUCAACAUGAGCCUCCCGCUCUGAUAAUCCGGGCCGGGACAAGCAGGCAGCAGCCGGCCGAUCCCAAGUAGCAGACACGCAGGGGACUCCCCUGUCGGGAGUGUGUUGGUCAACGGUAAGAAGAAUAACCUGGGGGUUAAACUGCUCAUGGCUGCCAGUUAUAGCAAUGGCAAUGAACCAGGCCUGCUUUUCCAGCAGUACCCUCCAGCUCUACUGCCCAAGCCUGGCAAGGAAAAUGCUAGACUCCAGAAACUACUCAAGAAAACUGAGAAAAAAAUCAAGAAAAAAGCCGCCCCUGAGAUCGCAAAGACACCUGUCCCUUUCCGCUCAAGCCUCUCGCCUGUGAAUGAAGCAAGUCCUGACUUGGAGCACAGUGACCACUCAACCCCUCCCAAAACUCCAGAGGCAUCCUUCUACACACAGCACCCCAGAUUUUCUGUCAGGCCAGUCUAUCGUCAUGUGGCAUCCCCUUACCCGCAGCAACGAGGAGCCACUUUUGGUGGAACAGCAAGGUUCGCCCCACAGCUGUAUGCUGCUCCAGCCCCCACCUUCCCCCAAUAUGUGGCCCCACUCUACACAUGUACUCCAACACCCCCGUCAGCCGUUCCAGGGCCAGCCUUGCAUGAAUUGGCACCCAAAACGCCUGAGCAAACGUCCUCUGUGCUUGACGUGACAACGACAGCUGCUGCUCAAAUUGCUCCUCCAGUCACUGCUUCAGUACCUCAUCCACUCAGUGCUCCAGUUGCUCUUGUCACAGUCACUCCUGCUGCCACACAACCUACUCUGCGAAUAGCCCCAGUAGUAAUACACCACAAAAGUCCAAGUCCACGUUUUAAAGCUACCGAAGCUGCACUAAAAGCACCCAAAUCGAUGUUUGAUGUCCCUCAAAUUAGGGUCUAUACUGCAUCUAUGUCCCCCCUCCAUGAUUAUACUGGAUCAAACACAUCUACUGCAGACGCAUUAUCUCUGAGUAUAAGACCCACAUCAGAAAUCACAAGAGCUUUUACACCAACUGCUGAAAUCAAAAGGAUUGCAACACCUACAUCCGGGGUAAAAAGAGGUUUAACACCUACACCUGGACUCCAAAGGAGUGCAACGCCUACAUCUGAAGUGAAGAGAGCUAAAACACCAACUCAUGAUUUUUUAACACCAAGAACUCCUUUAGGUCGCCCUAAGACACCCUCAUUUCAUGUGUCCCGUGCCAAAACACCUGUUUUUGAAAUAUCAAGAACCAACCCACUUUUAUUCGCUGUAUCACCCAUUACUACAGAGGCACAGAUAUCUAACACACCAACACCUGGCACUAAUGCUGCCAGUCAGUCUUUGUCUGACCCUUCAAAAUCACCUUCAACUAUUCUAGGUGCAAGAACUCUGAAUGGGGAAGUGACGUCAAAAGAGACUCCCACAGCUAAAUCACCUCCUCAGAACACUUCAAAACCAGAGGCUCCUCGACACGAAAAUCCUAUAGUUGAGUCUGCCAGACCAAAGACCCCGACAAAUCUAUUAGGCUAUCAAAGACCCAAGACUCCAACAGGUGUUGCACCCACAUUUGGGUACCAAAGGCCCAAGACUCCAACAGAUAUCACACCGAAAUCUGCUGUACCCUCCUAUGGGUACCAAAGACCCAAGACUCCAACAAUUGUCACACUAAAGCCUACAGCACCCACAGAUGGGUACCAAAGACCCAAGACACCAACAAAAGAAACAUCAAAACCUACAGCACCCUCAGAUGGGAAUCCAAGGCCCAAGACUCCCACCAAUGAAGGGCAUAAACCUAUGACUCCAACAAUUGAGUAUCAAAAACCACAACCACCAGCAGGGUAUCAAAGACCAAAGACUCCCACAGCUGGGGUAUCAUCUAUAGGAUUUCAAAGGCCCAAGACACCAACAUAUGAGGAUCCUAAACCAACUCAUACCUAUUAUGGGUUGACUCCUGCUGCAUAUGUUGCCCAUGGUGGAAUCCAAAGUUUUUCACCUUUAUUUGGAAUAUCCAGGUCUAAGACGCCGACUCAAGAGGAAUCUAAAGCCCAAGCGCUAGAAGCAUCUAAAACACCUACCCAAGAGUUACCUGCAAAAUCACGUCCUUUGCCCGAGGUGUCAAACCAGGAAGCACCCUUCAAAGAACUGGAAAAAUCUAUUUCAAGUGAGGCCAUAGUAUCCACGACAGUAGUUAAGCUUCCGCUUCCAACCAUUGUUGUUACACAAGCUGAAGAGGUCUCAGAAACAAGAGUAUCCACAGCUGUGACCAGCAAAAUAUCAACUCCCAUUGCUGAAAUGCCAAAGGUUAAAACUGUGGCAAACACAAGACCAUGGGCUAAAUCUCCAACACCAGAGGUUAAAACCCCAGUGAAGACACCAACUUAUGGAGUUUACCCAAAACCCAAGACACCCACACCAGAAACCCAACGCAAGACAAUACCUCCUUUCUCAAAAACAGAAUCUCCUGUGGCUAAAGCCAGUGUGGUGCAACAGAAAGAGUUGAAGGAAUCAACAGAGCCUAAAAUGCCAACCAAAGCAACCUCUGAGGCUAAACCAGUAGGGACAAAGCCAACCAAUUCUUUUCCACUUGCAAAGACUGAAUCUCCUGAGAAUCUUUUGUUGCCGGCUAAACCAAAGAAUAACCAGGAAGCCAAACCUGAAAAGGUAGUAUCAGCUCCAACCACACCAUUGACAGAAGAAGGAAGAGAGGAAAGACUCUUUCCCAGCAGCUGAACCUCUUCUUAAAGUAAUCCAAAAGCCAAAGGGCAUGAUGAAGUCUAAACUCAGUGGUUGGUCACGGCUCAAGAAGCACAUGGUAGUGGAAGAAGAACCACCUAUGUUCACAGAAUCAGAUCCUAAGAAAGAAACCGCCAAGGUGACUGAGCAGGAAGGAGGUGAAACGAAAAAGGAUGAAAAGGUGUUAUUCAAAGACAUGGUGGCAGCCGUAACAGCUGACGAUCCUCCCAAGGCAGCGAAGAAGUGGGAUUCUCUUCUCUUCGAUAUGUUCUCCACUAAAGAGAAGAUUAUGCAGGUGAUUGAAGCCAGCAAAAGUGAGGAGGAGAGGAAAGAGCAGCCAAAGGAUGCAGGGAAAGAAAUCCCAUCCUUCGCCCAUCGUCUGCCUGUUCUCCUUUUCAGCCCAAAGUUUGAUGCCAAAAGGCUAAGAGAGGCUGCGUCAAGGCCACUAACUAAAAUUUCGACAGUGUUUGAGAUGGGUCUCAUAGGGCGUAAAAAUAAAGACGAGGAACCAAAAGACUUUAACAGAACAGCUAGAGGGUUCACUUGUCCUUAAACCAUGUCUUUUUGGACUGGUAAAGAUGAAACUGAGAAGAACAUUUAGAAAAAGUCUAUUGUUAAAUGUUUUAUGUGCACUGGUGUAGAAAUGGUAGUCAUAAUGUACAGUUCCCAUCUCUCGGAUUGAAACAGGAUACAAUAUUUAAGACAGUCUCAUAGAGAAUGUGGUCUUAACUUUAUACUUGAUAAAUGCACCAUGUUGCAUUUUGAGCACUGAUUGUUUUGUCGUCUGACUAUGUUACACAUUUGUGUGAAUGUCUCUUUCUCUGAUAAUAUGAAAAUAUUACCUUGACAAUCAGAGGAUAAGGGAAAUGUAUUGUUGUUUUCAAAGAAUUUAGACAUCUCGUGAGAUUAAAAUGUACAAAGAUGAA